CGCUAUUGACGUCUGGGCGCUGAACGUCUAUCGCUACGACGACUUUGGCGACCUGUUCGCCGUCUGGGCCGAACGGACCCCUUCCGCCGACAAGCCCAUGUUCCUUGGCGAGUGGGGAGCGGACGCGUACAACUCGAAUGGCAACGACGGCGCCGGAGCCGAGGACCAGCCCUCCCAGGCCGCGGCGACUACCACGCUCGGCGACCAGAUCAUCGCCAACCUGGUCCCGAACAACGGCGGCGGCGGCGGCGGAGUAUGCUUCGGCGGCGCGCUCUUCGAGUGGGCGGAUGAGUGGUGGAAGGCGGGCAACGAGUGGCAGCACGACGUUGGCGGCACCGCUCCAGGCGGCGGCCCGUACCCCGACCGCACCUUCAACGAGGAGUGGUGGGGGCUAGUGGACGUUGAGCGCACUCCAAGGCUCGCCUACGCAGCCUACCGCGACCUCGUGUUCGGGAGCAGUGCUGAGGCCGGCGCGCCUGCGCCGGCUGUGUCGCCACCGCCGUCACCGCCACCGCCACCGUCUCCUCCGCCGCCGUCACCGUCUCCACUGUCGCCGCCCCCACCCUCGCCCCUCGCCCUCUGCGGGACCAGCUCCUGCACCGCGGCGGUCUGGGGACGCAUGGCCGGCGACUACGCCUGCGGCGAGCGCAUCCUCUGGCUGCAGUCGCCAGCGGGAGGCUCCUUGAGCGAGGCCGCUUCCUGCCGGCAGGUGGCGGGCAUGGAGUACGCGGCCGAGUGCGGCGCGUGCAGCCCGUGA